AUGUGGUACCUUUGCGUCUUCUACCACAGGCUCCUGGACUACCGGCGGCCGGAAGUGCAAUCGCUCGCUGAGCUCUUCGGCGGCCCCGGCGCCGGGGACGCCGUCGAGUGGCGUAUGCCCGAGAACCACCACGAGGACUCCCCCUUCCACCUCGUCCGCCUCCCCGGCGACGAGCGUCUCGCCGCUCAGAUCGCCAACCGCAGCCUGCUCGUGAAGGGGAUCUUUGAACUGUGGGGGCAAGGCGCCACCUACGACGAACUGGAGAAGGCGAUACGGCAGUACCCCGACGAGAGGAAGCUGCCGUACCUGACGCCCGAAAGCUCGUUCAAGAUUGUCGUCGACAGCUUCGGCAAGGUGAUCAGCUUCGAAGAGCAGAAUGAGAUCAUAAAGGGGUUCGCUUACAUCCCAUUCGAGGGCCGUGUUAAUUUGAAGAAGCCCGAGCACAAGUUCUUUGUCUUGGAGACCGAUGACUAUGGGUCACAAAAUGGCCUCCCGCCAGUUGUCCAGAAGACGGUAUUCUUUGGCCGGGAGGUUGGAGCAGCAGAUAGGCAUCUAUUGCCGACGUAUCAGUUGAAGAGCCGGAAGUACAUUGGUCCGACUGCAAUGGAUUGUGAAAUGGCGUUUCUCAUGGCCAACCAAGGGCUCGCACGGCCUGGGAAACUUGUGUAUGACCCUUUUGUUGGCACUGGGAGUAUUUUAGUCGCUGCUGCGCAUUUUGGAGCCAUGACUAUGGUUUGUGCUUAUUGCAGAAAUAUAUACAUAGCUGUGCUUUUGCUAGUCAAUGUCUCGCUUAUAAAGUUCUUUCAGGGUGCAGAUAUUGAUAUAAGGGUUGUGCGGGAUGGCCGUGGCCCUGAUUGCAACAUUUGGAGCAACUUUGAGCAGUACAAGUUGCCAGAGCCUUUGUGUGUGCUGCGAGCAGAUAACAACCUGCCACCUUGGCGUCCAGGCUUGAAGGAGAUAUUUGAUGCAAUCAUUUGCGACCCCCCAUAUGGUGUCCGAGCUGGUGGGCGCAAGUCGGGUGGUCGGAAGCUCCUAAAAGGAAUCAUCCCUCCGUACACAGUUCCGGACGAGAAGAGAGAGAACCACAUUCCAUCAACCGCACCAUAUAGUCUUGCGGAAUGUGUUCAUGACCUGCUCCACCUUGCUGCAAGAAUGCUGGUGGUUGGCGGCAGGCUCGUCUUCUUCUAUCCAAUGUUGCGGGAGGAUGAUGCUGCUGGUGUGGCGAAAUUUCCGGAGCACCCUUGCUUCAAGCUGGUGUCCUCCUGCGAGCAGAUCCUAAGCCUGCGGUACAGCCGGGUCCUGCUGACCAUGGUGAAGGUGGGGCCCUGCACGGAGGAGGUCGAGAGGAUGGGCGAGGAACGGCACCAGGAGUUCAGGGAGAACCACCAGAAAUGGAUGGAGGAGGGCAACCUGCACACUGCCGUGUUCAGCCCGGCGGAGCAUGAUAAGAAGCCCGAAUCUGAUAGAGGUUCCAAGCCCAAGUACAGAGGCAAGUACGUGUAG